AUGAAAUCCUCCAUCACCUUCACCUCUGCCUUCCUGGCAACCCUCAGCCUUGUUGCUGCUGCUCCGGCUCCGGCUCCGGCUCCGGCUCCAGCCCUGGCAGCGGCGGAAACAGUAUCCGUCUCCUACGACGCAAGUUAUGAUGUUGGAACAUCCUCCCUGAACACCGUCGCUUGCUCCGACGGCGUCAAUGGCCUGGUCAGUCGAGGCUACACCGACUUCGCAUCGCUGCCAAGCUUCCCAAACAUUGGCGGUGCGAUCACCAUCGCAGGCUGGAACAGCCCUAACUGCGGCAAAUGCUACGCGUUGCACUACUCGAACGGCAAGAUUGACAAGACAAUCAACGUCAUAGCUGUCGACGCCGCUCCGGGUGGCUUCAACAUUGGCUUGCAAGCCAUGAACGCAUUGACCAACGGUCUGGCGGAGCAGCUCGGUCGUGUUGACGCCACUUACGUUGAAGUGGAACCCAGCGCGUGCGGGCUGUGA